GAAGAUGGUAGGCUGUGGCGACCUCGCACGGGACGUCAUUUGGGAAAACUACUCCUGUUAAGGAUGUUCUGAGUAUUGCGAAUAUUUGUGAAGCAUCGCGUGACUCACAUUUGCUGCGUGUUGGAUCUGGCAAAUACGAACAUCCCUUUCACGCGGAAGCAGCGGUCGUUGCAGUCCCGGAAAUGACGGCUGACUUGACAAACGCGGAAGUGGAUUUGAGCGUCUUCUACGGGAAGCGAAAAGCCUCAACUCACUGCGGUCGGAAAGUCUUUGUUUUGGCGAGUCGUUUCCGGACGGUGUCGGUGGCCACGUCGAAGUUGGGCUCAACAGCGCGUCCUAAAUAGUCGCAAAUUACUCGCUCCUCGGCCCAAGAGGCACAAAUCGAAAUAAACAAGGAGGAGCGGCCCCGUUUCCGCUCGGCUCGUCGUGGGCUUGGGAAGUUGGAAGUUGCUGUUAGCUCGUUUGCGGAAUCGAUGGAAGAGAAACUCGCGAACCGGCCGCCGGACGGAACCCACCUGAAACCGAAUCCGUUCAACCUGAUGAUCAAACACAGACAAGUCCACAGGAGGGGGCGACGCUCACAGCAGACCGUCAGUUACGCGGACCCCCAGGUGUCGAUGGACCUCCUGAGGGCGGUUCUGCAGCCCAGCUUCAACGAUGACAUCAUGGCCGUCUUCCGGAAAUACCACAAGUUCUUCGAGAAGGCGGCGCACAACGUGAAGGAGAACGUCGGCGAGGACGUGCGCACCGACCAGCUCAUCACGGAAGCCUGCAGGAGCGUUCUGGAACACGCCAAGGCGCUGUUUCCCGAAAGCGACGCGAAGAAGUCCAGCCUGGAGUCCAACGUCAAGCGCUCCCGAGGGUCCGAAGACGGCUGCAGCCAGAGAGGGAGUCCAGUCCCCAAAAAGCGGAAGAACCGCACGACGGCGUCCGAGCGCUCCUGCAACCCGUCGGCUCAGGUGAAGGCCAAGUGCGACGCCGUCAAGCGAGACGGACCCAAGUGGGAGCCUUCCAGACUGAGUGAAAGCAGCACUUUUGUUUUGGGCUCCAGAGCCAACAAGGCGUUAGGGAUGGGCGGGACCAGAGGCCGGAUCUACAUCAAACACGCCGACCUCUUCAAGUACGCGGCCGACACCAAAGACAAGCAGUGGCUGGCCGAGCGGCACCACAUGAGGGCGACGGGCGGCAAGAUGGCUUACCUGCUGAUCGAGGAGGACGUCCAGGAUCUGGCGCGCGGCGACGAAUACAGGGACUGCCCGGACGUGAAGCUGGACGAGAUGAAGCCGUUUUCGGUGCCCGCGUGGAUGGUGGAGAAGAUGCAGCGGCUGAUGGAGUCUCAGAGGGGCACAGAACCCUGAAGGGCGGCCAAACCGGAGCGAGCCUAACCCAAACCCUCGGUUCAGAGUCCCGACGGCUCGGUCGGAUCCGAAUUCCCUUUUGAGUCCACCUUAAGAUUUGGUGAGCGAGCGAUGUGAUGUCUUUUUUUUUAAGUAGCUAGCGCAUUUCCUUCCUGUUUUAGCAUCGAAAAGCUUCUCCUGCGUCGAUGCAUAGAAAAACCAAAUAAAAAGAUGCAUAAAAUG